GACACUACAGAGUACAGAGCACUAGGCAUGGGGUUCAUUCCUCGUUUCUUUCCCUAUAUAAACCAGUAAAACCACCCAUCUCCUCAAACUCCAGCCUCCAAGCAGCUCAAUAUAUAGUCAUCCAAAAGAACUGUAGGUCAUUCAUCAAUGGAGGCUGCUCGGAAGCUGGUGUUGGUCUUGGCGGCGGUGCUAGUGGUGGCUGCCUGCAUUAAUGUAGAGGUCUCUGAAGCGCAGACCAUUUGCAAUGUAUCUGUGAAUAACUUGAUGUCCUGCAAGCCGGCCGUAACAAAGCCUAACCCUGCCAGGCCAACCCAGGCCUGCUGCUCGGCGCUGUCGCAUGCCGACUUGGGAUGCCUCUGCUCUUACAGGAACUCCAACCUGUUGCCUUCCCUGGGGAUUGACCCUAAACUUGCCAUGCAGCUCCCAGGAAAGUGCAAGCUUCCUCACCCUGCCAAUUGCUAGAGAGGACCUUAGCUACAGCACGCUGUCUGAUGUAGCUAGCUAGCUUAAGCUUAAUAAAAGCCCUCAGCUACAUGUUUGCAUAACUAUGUUGGAAUUAGUCUGCUUGGAGUGAAAUGCUUAAAUCAAAAUAUUUGCUUUUCAGUUUUUUUAUUUUUAUUUAUUUUUUUUAUAUUUAUUUUAGAUUUGUAAUGCUUGAUCAAUCUGACUGACAAUAUUCAUCUUUC